AUGUCUUCAUCUAUCACCAUUCCGACAAGGACCUGCUACGGUGAAAGCAGCAAAUCCCAGGCCGCUGCGAGCUCCUCAAGCAGCUCAUACUCUAGCUCACCAAGAACUCCUCAGCAACCACAAGAAAAACCGACAACGCCUUCCUCGACUUCGAAGUACGGACAUGAUCGGAGACGCAGCUUAUUGAGCUCCUCUCUCUCGAAGCAAGAACACACUGUAAUCAAUAUAGGAGAUCCCGACGGAGUGCCACGUCUGAUCACUUGCGUCAGAUCAUCCCAAGGGUACGAGUGGAACCCAGAGAUCUUCCUUCCUUCCUACAUCGAAUCAAACUUCGAAUCACUCGAGCGAAAGCGAGAUCCUGUGCACGAGAUACGCCUCAGCGACGAGGAGAUCAAGAAGAUGUUUCCCCAAUAG